AUGGGCACCCUGAGCUGUGGACCCCCUCCCAGUGCCCUUUUGGCCCGACGGGCCACCAUGUGCCAGCUAGGUGAGACAGGCCAGAAGAAGACAUCGGGGAUCACUAUGUGUGAAACUGGUCCGGGUCCCGACCUCUUCUGUCUUCCCUCGACUGUGGGCUAUCUCAGCCAUGACUUCACCAAGAAGGCUGGCCCAGCGUUCUCCUUUCCCGGCAGGCCCAGCGAUGCACCUCGACGAGACUCCAGCCCUGGGCCGUGCUAUUUUGUGCAGCCCAACAUCACCCGUUUUGGCCGUUGCAGCGCUCCUGCUUACUCCCUCCAGUCCCGCACCAAACUCAAAGAUCUGGAGGUGACACCUGGCCCUGGUGCCUACAGCCCCGAGAAGGUGCCUCCCAUCAACCAGGCAAGACCUCCUGCUUAUAGCCUGGGCUUGCGCACCCCUCGAUGCCGCCUGGUGGACUCUGUCCCAGCACCCAACAGCUAUACUUUGCCUCCUCUGUGGGGCUCUCAGAUCUUUACCAAACCUUGCAGCCCCAGCUACUCAGUGUCCGGUCGAACGGCCCAGGUCCGCUUCACUGAGGACCCAUCCCAGCUUCCUGGGCCAGGCCAGUAUGAGUGCCCAGACCCAGAUGCCUACAGGCAGCGCCGGCCUGCCUAUUCGAUGUUGGGCCGUCCCUGCGCUCCUCGCCCUCUCUUUCAGACACCAGGUCCCGGUGCCCACAAUCCUGAGCGGGUCACAAUGCACUGGGCCCGGGCCCCUGCUUACUCUCUGGGCAUUCGCCACUCCAAGUUUAUUACCCCUCUGGUCACAGAUAGCACAGCUUGA